CUUGGGUAUUUUUUAUUCUAUUAUGCUCGCAUUGAGUAUUCGACGAAUAGAAUAUAUUAAACAUUGUCUUUGCUGCAACUUAGUAUCUAAUGGGAAGAAAUAUGGUGGUACAAUCGAACGAAUCACGGUUACCGAAUUCAUAAUUCGGUACUUCGCUUAAUGCAUACUUGCAUACCUUGACUUACAUAAAUGGCAUCUCCAGAUCACACGGCACUACGUCACUUUCAACUACGCCACUUCAACUUCAAAAACUUCCAAUUCAUAGUCGUGAUGCUCUAAUCUGAAAUUCAAAAUGGCUUCAAUGUUUUCCUAUGUUCCUAUUGUGAAUCGAUUCGUCUCUAAUUCGAGUCAAACUCGAACCAUCAACAUCCCACCUGUUGAGGUUCACAAUGUGGAGACGGCAGCUGAGAAACGGCCUAGAACACUGAAACAUUUGUUGAGGGCAAACCAUGUCAACCACUCUAUUCUCUAUCACGACUUGGAGUUUCAUAAUCACCUACCGCAUAUCCUAGGCUCUGCUUAUCUCCUAGGAGCCGACGUGCCGCAUUUGCACAAAAUCUACGAUGUAGAAGCCCAAGAGCUUGAGCCGUGGAAACCAUCACCAGCCGAAAUAGUCCAGGAUGACUGGAGAGAUUUCCUGGGAGAUGCGAAGUAUCAGCGUGCAUAUGUCGAUUUCUUCGAGGAUUCUUUGGCCUUGAGGCACAAUUACCAAUGGAAGGGGGUCGUGGAAGAAUAUUUAUAUGAGGGGCAAGAGCCUUUAGUGAACUGCCUAUUUGGCGGUCUCGGCCAUCCUCUCAUCCAUCUCGCAUAUGCCUAUGAGGUGGAUAAUCGUGAAGUUGCUAUGGAGGCUCUUGGCAUGACCGCCACUCAAUAUAACUUCCUGCAUAAGUAUAUUGAUGACUCUUCUUACACUAAGCCUUCUCCGAUCAAGCCAGCUUCGCCAUUGGAACUAUUUAUCAAACUACAUGAUGACAAACGUCUGGAUGGAUUGUUUGAGAAUUCUGGACCCGAAAACAUCGGCCCAUUGCUUGAGAAGCAAGAAGACAUCGUCAUGGAAUACUGGAACGCAUGGACUCUCGAAAACCCAGAGAAAGAUUUCGAGUUAUCACAAGAGGCCGCGGUCGCCUUCUUAAUUGCAUCAGUACCUCCCGGAACCCAUUCAUAUAAUUUCUUCAUUUGCCACGUGCUCACAACAAGCCACGCCGUUAGGAUUAUGCUUCCAUUCAUACCAGCAGAACACCGCAUCAACCUUGUAAGACAAUGGUGGUUGUUUGCUAUUACUGUCUAUGUCGCUGAACUCCGCCCGAAAAUCGACCCCGAUUACAUCCCACCGGGUGACGGGAGCCAAAAGCAAUGGGACUACGUAGUGGACAAGGCGCUGAAUGGUGCUUAUUCCACUGAUGCUCAUUACGUGAAAGCCCUGCGUGCCAUCAAGGAAGCGGCUAUGACUUGGGGAGACGUUCACUCGCGCUACCUGGCUGCCGCCAUACGAUUCGCUGACGAUUUCGAGGGUUGGACGUUUUCGUAAUUUAUAGCUCUCAUUUCUGGUUUGGGUCAUGAUUACGGCGCAAUAAGCUUGUACAAACUAUGGGAAAUAUGGGAUCAAAUUGAUAUCUUGAUUCAUGAUAUGAUAUGGAUGACUAUAUACUGACCACGAUCGUUCCAUUUCAAAAAGGUUCAGGACAAAAUGGCUGACAGCAAAAGGAAUUGAAAAUUAUCUAAGUUAGCACUAUAAUUUUAGCGUCUUAGUGAAGCUAUGUAGAUCCAACUCUAAAAUAAUAAGUUUAUGUGCUUAG